AUGAUGAUGAGACUUCGACACGAUAGCCGUGACGCUGAGCCAGAGCGCCGCCCAUUUCCAACCGCCUCCGCCGUCGUCCCCGACCGAGACUACUACCUGCAGUCCACUCAGGACCACCGACACGAUCCCGAUCACGAACAGGAUCGGCCCAUGGAAGUGCGCAAAGCACGACCCGUACUGGUACUCGAGUCUCUGGAAGUGCGACUUGCCGAGGAGGAGGGGAGCGUAGAAAUUGAGUCGCCUCGGGCCAACGAGCAGCUCGACAGGCCGGAUCUGCUUGCUGCGGUGCGUGGUGAAAUCGAAGCUCGAUCGAGACGGGUGAUGGCCCUUGAUAACGCCGAUGAUCUUAGGUUAUUUGGAAUAGGUCAACGAUCGAAUGGAGAAGGGACGAACGAGAGUCUUUACAAAUACAUUCCUCAUGCAUUGCAAGGGACGGUGCUAUGGACGAGUCGAGACGCGCGCGCUGCGGGUACGCUUGUUGGAGCGCGUCGCGGUGUUGAGGUGAAGUCUAUGGCUAUAGACGAGGCGACGCUACUUCUUAUGAAGAUGCGAGAUAAACCAUUGACUGCAGAGGAAGCGCCGGAAGAGGGAGGAGUAGACGCUCUUCUGGAAGAGCUGCGAUGCCUCCUACUAGCAAUCUUGCAGACCGGCGCCUCUAUGCGGCGUAUAUUGAUGACAGCCGAGCAAUAUUUAGACCUGUUGAGGCAAGGUAUGAGCCGGUGGUAA